UGGCGAUUGCCAUGUGUAAACAGGGGGUAAGAGAUCGAACGCGCGAACUGUCCAGUUCGUCUGGUGUAAAAGCGCAUUACCGAAAUGCGAUGUUUUUUCGGAACUCUGACAGUUAAUGGUUCAGUCCUUCGAGCUAGACGCGUGCGUGUAACACAAAAGCUAUAUUAAUUGUGUAAAAAGCAAAAUUUAACUGGUGUUACGAUGUCUCGUUUCUUCGCCGGUGGUUCGGACUCUGAUUCCGACAGCUCUUCUGAUAGCGAGCCAGUAAUUCGUCAGCAAGUGGCUCAGUUCACAUUCAGUGAUGAGGAGGAGGACGUCAAGCGCGUCGUAAGAUCGAAGAAGGAGAAGCGCUAUGAAGACCUCUCCAAUAUCAUCAAGAGUAUCCGGAACCAUAAGAAGAUCAAGGAUAUGUCGAGUGUAUUGACGAGCUUUGAGGAAUUUAUGCGAGCGUAUACGAAGGCGUUGCCGGUAGUUAUGAAGGAAGAGAAUGGCGUAACGCCUCGUAUUGUCGUUCGUGCGCUUGCUGAGCUGGAGGACUUUGUUAAUGAGAGCUGGGACGACAAGGAGAGUCGGAAAAAUCUCUCGAAGAAUAAUAACAAAGCGCUAGGAACUCUGCGACAAAAAUUCAGGAAAUACAUCAAAGAUUUCGAAUCGGAUAUGAAGCGUUUCCGCGCCGCUCCAGAAGAUUUUGCCGAAGAGGAAGAGGAUGAUGAACGCGAAGACGAAAAGGGGUCCGAUGAGGAAGAGGAGAAGGUUGUGGUACAAGUCGAACCGAAAGCGGUAUCCUUCAAAAAGGAACCAGAGAAGGCCAAACCUGUUAAGCCUGUGGCGGAUUCCGAUUCGUCGGACUGGGGCAGCGAUUCCGACUCGGACAGCACCUCUUCCGACGAGGAUGCUAAAUACACCAGCAUUCGCGACCGGUUCUUGAAGAAGCCAGAGAAGGGUACGGAAGAAAUUGCUUCAGCACCUUCCGGUGUAUCUGGUGACGAUGCGUUUAAGAAAGAGAAGAAGAAGAAAACAGGCGAAGCUUUGAGCAAGAAGAAGAAACCCAAGCAAGAUGAAAUGUUUGACGAGAACGAGGAGGAGGAAGAAGGCUGGAAGGUGGUCAACGGAACAAGGUCCGGUGCUUCCGAGCAGCCAAAAAUGUUCGCCAAGGAUGCAGAAAUCGACACGAAGCUGGUCGUAAACAAGCUGAACGAAGUGAUGGCUGCCCGAGGUAAAAAACGUACUGAUCGAAAAAUGCAGAUUGAGUUUCUUCGUGAGUUGCGUACAGUGGCCGAGACCAACAAUCUUGGCCCGGCGGUGGCGGUGAAAAUUCGUUUCAACAUUGUUUCUGCCAUAUUCGACUACAAUCCAAAAGUAUCUGGAGCGAUGAAACUGGAACACUGGAGUAAACUAUUGGAAGAAAUUCAAGAACUGCUGAAACUGCUUCUGGCUCACGAGGAUGUGCAUCUAUCCGAGUCGAUCUUGGAUGAAUACGAAGAGUACGAUACUGCACCGUUCAAGAUACGCGGCUGCAUGCUGACUGCAGUGGAACGGUUGGAUGACGAGUUCACAAAACUGUUGAAAGAAUGCGAUCCGCACAGCAAUGAGUACGUUGACCGGCUGAAGGAUGAGGUCCCAGUCACGAACAUAAUAGAACAAGUUGUCACUUACGUUGAGCGACUCGGUAAUGAAAUGGAAAUCUGCCGCAUCUAUCUACGCAAGAUUGAUCAUCUGUACUACAAAUUCGACCCGGACGUGUUGAAAAAACGAAAGGGUCAACUGCCAGCCAACACCAUAACGUCGGUUGAAGAGAUGGAUAAGCUUUGUCGUUACAUCUAUGCCAAGGAUCAAACGGAUCGGUUACGCACACGUGCAAUCCUAUCGCACAUAUUCCAUCAUGCAUUGCAUGAUAACUGGUUCCAGGCGCGUGAUUUAGUGCUGAUGUCGCACCUGCAGGAAACAAUCCAUCAUUCCGAUCCCGCAACCCAGAUUCUGUACAAUCGUAUGAUGGCCAAUUUAGGCUUGUGUGCCUUCCGCCACGGCAAUAUCAAGGAUGCUCACCUGUGUCUGGUAGAUUUGAUGAUGACGGGUAAGCCGAAAGAAUUACUCGCUCAAGGACUAGUACCGCAACGUCAACACGAACGCUCGCUUGAACAAGAGAAAAUCGAGAAGCAACGUCAAAUGCCGUUCCACAUGCACAUUAACCUGGAGCUGCUCGAGUGUGUCUAUCUGGUGUCUGCUAUGCUGCUCGAGAUUCCAUACAUGGCGGCUCAUGAGUUCGAUGCGCGUCGUCGAAUGAUCAGUAAGACAUUCUACCAGCAAUUGAGAUCAUCCGAGCGACAGUCUCUGGUUGGACCACCGGAGUCGAUGCGCGAGCAUGUGGUUGCUGCUGCAAAGGCAAUGCGGCACGGCGAUUGGAAUGCUUGUGCCAACUUCAUUGUCAACAAAAAGAUGAAUGUUAAAGUGUGGGAUCUUUUCUACGAAGCUAAUCGUGUGCGUGAAAUGAUGAUUAAAUUCAUUAAAGAAGAAUCGCUCCGCACAUAUUUGUUCACAUACUCGAAUGUCUUUGCAUCGAUUAGCGUACCACACUUGGCCGACAUGUUCAAGCUACCGAAAAGCAAGGUCCACUCGUUAAUCAGCAAAAUGAUAAUCAAUGAAGAACUAAUGGCAUCACUGGAUGAUCCUACCGAAACGAUCGUCAUGCAUCGUUCUGAACCAUCUCGUCUACAAGCCCUUUCGAUGCAGCUGGCCGACAAAGUGACCAAUCUGGUGGACGCAAACGAACGAAUCUUCGAAAUGAAGCAAGGAAACUUCUUUCAGCGUGGCGGUAACCAAGGGUACAAUCGCGAUCGCCAGAAUUAUCGCAAUCAGAAUCAAAAUCAAAACUGGAACAACAAUCGUCGCCAGGACAACCGCAAUCGUGGUAACCGCGGCAAUCAGAACCGUGGAGAGGGACGGGAACAACGUGAACACCACCGCGAUCACCAUCGCGACCAGCGCGAACACCGGGAGCAUCAGAAUCGAGAAUUUAGAGAACAGCGCGAGCAGAUGCGCAACGUUGAAUACCAAAACAAGGCUGAGUAAUUGUUUGGAUUAUUGCGUUGCAACGCACCGGGAGAGCAGAUUCGUUCAGAUCACUGAUAGCGGCAGAUUCAUCUACCAGUAUCUUUGCCACAGCGAGGUAAACGCGAUACAUUUUUUAAAAUCAGGUUUGUAAACUUUCACCUAAAAGUGCACAGAAUUGAUAGAAAUACGGAGGAUUUUACCAUCGUUCUUCCGCUUUUUAGAUAUUCUAGGUACUAGAAGGGUAGUAUUCUAUCGACUAAAUAUUACGCAAAAAAUGUUCAUUAAAGUAAAGCUCCUCAGAAAAUCCGUUAAAUUUAUACUAUUACCAACAGUACUACAAAUAAAAA